AUGACCCCUCCCACCCCUCACACAAAUUCUUCUCCCCCCUUCCGUCUGGCAGAAGAACCUCCUGACAACGUAUCCAUCAGCUUUGUAAAACACACUGGCCCACUGCUUGAAGGACAUCAGUACAACCUCCAGUGCCGUGUCCAGAACGUUGCUCCUAUCCAGAACCUCGCCGUGACCUUCUACAAAGGAGACACCAUCCUGGACUCGGUAGAGCCCAACAGGACCUCUGGGAAUACAACGGUGACAGAGACGUUCACCAGCUUCAGCUUCAACUCCAGCAGAGGGGAUGAUGGGGUCCAGUACUGGUGUGAAGCCAAGCUGAACCUGGGACAACAAGGUCCACCUCCUGUAACGAUGUCAGAACGCCUAACAACAACUGUGUACUUCAAACCUAAGACGGGUCACGGGUCUUCGCCAGAUCCUAUUUCCAUCGCAGUAGGGGAACCUUUCCAGUUGAACUGCACAGCCCAUUCCAACCCCAGUCCAGCCUACAGUUGGACCGGUCCUGACAACACCACAGUCGGCAACGGCAGUGAUUUCUCCGUGCAGUCGGCUGGUUUUAAACACGAGGGCCUGUACGUUUGUGCAGCCCGCAACAGCCAGGGAAGCACAACUGUGACGUUCAACGUGGAUGUCCGUGUGAACUGGUACCAGCAGUAGGAGGGAGAGGAGAGGCAGUGGGUGCACCAAGAGGGAGAGUUGGAAGAGGAAGAGCAGGGAGAGGAAGAGCUGUGAGAGGAGGUGCAGCAGGAAGAGGAAGAGCUGUGAGAGGAGGUGCAGCUGGAAGAGGAAGAGCUGGCAGAGGAAGGGCUAGGAGGGGGAGAAGAGGAAGAGCUGUGUGAUUUGAUGCUGCAGCUGCAGCUGGACUUUGAUCUUCAUUUCUCCUGUGGAGAAUAUAUAUAUAUAUAUCAUUUGUAACACAU